AUGGCUGUCCAUAAACAAGACCCAAUUGUGUUGGUGAUUGAUUUCCACCAUGCACGCGGCCCCGAGAUUGAACAUUGCAUCGCCGACGAAGGAACCGACCCAGCAGUCGAAAAUGAUUGGUCCCUGCUACCAUUUAUGGCCCUCUCCGACGGCGCGCAUCUGUCGACUGAGGAAUUCUCAUACUUUACACUGCGCCGAAAGGAAUCGGAUACUCUCCCUGCGACUUCGUUAUUUGGUAUUGCCUGUUCUCGUCAGCUUGACUCGAGCCUGCUCACCAAUCGCCCUCCUGAUGUUACUCGGUCAACGGUACAAAAGGCUGUGGUGGUUGUUACGGAUACGCCGCAGCGGGUUGGUCAAUUGAGGGAGAAGCUGUCUGUUGUUACUUCUGCUUGGUUUGCGCAAUGUGACUUCUCGGAUAUUGAUAUUUUGAAGAAAUUCCGCGAGGGAUUGGUGAUUAGUCUGUCGAAUGACGAUGGCCCGAAAGAUCAAAAUUUGGGACUUUCACUUCGGGAGAUGAUUCAUGAAUUCAAAUAUCAGACAUUGGUUCUCUUCAAGGGACUGCUGUUGCAACCCAAGACUGUUGAGAAGCCUACAUCUCUCAAGACGAGUGACAGAAGUUCUUUGUUGGCAUACAUGGGUCUGCCGUUACAGAUUUUUGGAAAGGGAAGCAUGUUCGGCCCCUAUACACCUCUGCAGCUGCUAGAUCUGCUGGCGGAUGAUGGGACGAAAUCCUACGUGGUGGGCUCAACCAACUCGCUGCUCCUACAGCAAAAGGACCGCUACAGUGACAUUUUAAUCAACCUUGACGAAGACAGUAUCGUCAUCAACUCCCCUUCUCUGCGUACUGCCCUUGCCCUUUCCGCAGCUGACAGACGCUGGAUUGACCUGCUUACUCAAAUCGUCAAUGACACCUGGGAUGAGGAGCAUCCUUCAAGACCAAAGACACUUGGCUUCAUGGGCUCCGAAGAGUUCAUUCGACUCCAGUUCGAAGAAUACCUGCUGGCCUUGUUAUCUUCGAUGAAAUACCACGAGGAGCUUUCCUCAUGCACUACCGGGGAAUCCAACCGCAGCAGAACCCAACUACAGAACUUCAACAUAGAAGGAGACCCAGCAAUCGACUUCAACAUGGAAUUCCUAACUCAAUGGCAAACAACAUCCAACUAUGCCAUGUUCUCUCGCCUCACUUCCGACGCCCUCCUCUUCUCAAUCACCGAGCCCCGCCACCCAAGCGCCGGCGGUUUAACAAUGGAGGACAUCCAACGCCGCCUCUCCCAACAAGUCGCAGACCUCCACCUAGACGAACGCGUCCGCGAAGGCCGCGAAGCCCUGAACCGCCACUUCUCAACCGGCCAAAAGAAAGUAACAGCUGCUUUUAACAGCUUCUGGUCCGACAUCGAGUCAAUGCGCGAGGCCCAACGCAAACGCAACGAAGAAAAAGCAAUACAAGCACAAGCCCAACCCCAACGCGCAUCCAUCGACAAAGAAACCCCCGCCUCUCCUACCCCCUCAACUUCAACUUCAACUGCAACAAUGGACCCCGACUCCCGCCCUCGCGCUUCAGUCGACAUGGCUCAAGCCCAAGCCUCCGUCAGCGCAGCAAGCCAAAGAGCAGGUGCGUAUUUCAGCUCGUGGGGUUCAUGGGCGAGCGAAAAACGUCGCGAAUGGCAAGACAAGCGCAGCGCCUCUCCAAGCCCGAAUCCCAACGCAAACGCAAACUCAAAUGCAAAUGCAAUCCAGAGCUCAAACACAGCAGCGGGUAUAACCUCGCCCUCCGCAUCAACAUUAUCCGUCGUAACCGAAAUCGCUGAAUCAGACCGUGACCGUGGCCGUCGCCGCUCAAUCCAACACAGAAGCGAAGGAAGCAUCGAUAGCACCACCGAAGGCGGUCUAACACGCAGCGUCAGCCGCAGGAAACGGUGGAGUAAUAUCCUCCUACGGCGCGACAGCGCCGAAUUACAGCGCAGGGAUGAGUCGUCCACGUCUGAGUCUGCUGAUGUGCCGUUCCCCAAGUCUCCCUUGUCACAGGGAUUCCCGGCUUAUGGGGAGGGAGCUGAGGAAAAGGAGGAUCAGGAUCGGGAUCGGGGUGGUGAUCCCCAGACCCGUACGCAGGAGAAGGUCGAGCGAGACACGGAUACAUUUGAUGCGGAUGGUUUCUCGUCCGUGGCUCUUACGCCUAAUGAGGGUCUUGGGUUGGGUAUGAAUCAGAGUCAGAGUCGGAAUCAGAAGGAGGAUAUGCCUCCUUCUGGUGGUGGACAUACGCGUGAUGGAUCGUUCACUGCUCUUCCUGUUAAGGGGGAUGUGUAA